UUCUUCCUCUUUUUCCAUAGCCAAGCACUGGAUAAGCACUGAUGAAACAAGCACCCAUCAGGAAGUCGUCUUCAAGGAGCUUCACCCAUCCAGCGUUUCUUGACCUAAAAGGAAAUAUGUCACCCUGGCUCUGCCUUAUCUGGAGCCUUGUUGUUCUGGCUGUGGCACAGGAUGUGACCCAGCAGGCUGCAGAGUUUUUAGAACAAUUUGAUGCCCAUGCAGAUGAUUUGUAUUAUGAUGCAUCCAUCGCUUCAUGGAAUUAUAAUAUCAACAUCACAGAAGAGAAUGCUAUAAGAAUGCAUGAAGCAGACACCAUAUUCUCCAACUUUUAUAAAGAAGCCUCCAGGAAUGCUAGCAAAUUCAAUGUGAAUCAGAUUACUAAUGAAACCAUUAGGCUCCAGAUUCAUCUGCUGCAGAAUGGACCAACAGAAUCAUCUACAAAAGACCAACUGGAUACUGUUUUACGUAAAAUGAGUAGCUUGUACAGCACUGGGACUGUGUGCAAGCAAGAUGAUCCUUUUAAUUGUUUGCCCUUGGAACCAGGUUUGGAUGAUAUAAUGGAAAACAGCUGGAAUUACUCAGAGAGACUAUGGGCCUGGGAAGGCUGGAGAGCUGAUGUUGGCAAGAAGAUGAGGCCUCUGUAUGAAAGUUAUGUUGAACUGAAAAAUAAGGAUGCAAGACUGAGGGGCUAUGACGACUAUGGAGAUUAUUGGAGAGCAAAUUAUGAAGUAGAUUUUCCACCAGAGUAUCAAUACCAACGUGCACAGCUGAUUACCGAUGUGGAAAACACAUUUAAACAAAUAAAGCCUUUGUACGAGCAUCUACAUGCUUAUGUCCGGCGCCAUCUAUACAAACGCUAUGGCCCAGGGCUCAUUAACCCAAAAGGAUCUCUUCCUGCUCAUUUACUUGGUGACAUGUGGGGUAGAUUUUGGACAAAUUUAUAUCCUUUAAUGGUGCCCUAUCCAAAUAAACCAAACAUUGAUGUAACUUCUGCAAUGGUGAAUAAGAAAUGGACAGUAAACUCAAUAUUUAAAGCUGCUGAACAUUUUUUUGUCUCAAUUGGUCUCUUCAAUAUGACUGAGGGUUUCUGGAAGAAUUCAAUGCUUGAGGAACCCAAGGAUGGCAGGAAAGUUGUUUGCCAUCCCACAGCUUGGGAUAUGGGGAAAAAAGACUACAGGAUCAAGAUGUGCACAAAAAUAAAUAUGGAUGACUUCCUGACAGCACACCAUGAGAUGGGCCAUAUUGAAUAUGAUAUGGCCUAUUCUGUUCAACCUUUUCUGCUAAGAAAUGGGGCCAAUGAAGGAUUCCAUGAAGCUGUUGGGGAAAUCAUGUCACUUUCUGCAGCUACUCCAAAGUAUUUGAAAUCCCUUGGCUUACUAGAACCUACCUUUCAAGAAGAUUCAGAAACAGAUAUCAAUUUUCUUCUCAAACAGGCCCUCACUAUUGUGGGAACAAUGCCUUUCACUUACAUGCUAGAGAAAUGGCGAUGGAUGGUAUUUGCUGAGAAAAUCCCCAAAGAUCAGUGGAUGAAGAAAUGGUGGGAAAUGAAGCGAGAGGUAGUCGGGGUUGUGGAACCAUUGCCUCACAAUGAGGAAUACUGUGAUCCUGCUGCUCUGUUUCAUGUUGCCAAUGACUACUCUUUCAUAAGAUAUUAUACAAGGACCAUUUAUCAGUUCCAGUUUCAAGAGGCACUUUGCAAAGCUGCUGGUCACACAGGGGAACUUUUCAAAUGUGACAUUUCUAAUUCUCAAGCUGCUGGAGACAUCUUGAGGAACAUGCUUGCUUUGGGUAGUUCUCAGCCUUGGACAAAGGCUUUACAAAAUAUUACUGGAAGCCCAAAGAUGGAUGCAACACCAUUUCGUCACUACUUUGAUCCCUUAUUCAAGUGGCUGGAGAAAAAUAACACCAAUGAAAUUGUUGGUUGGGAUGCAAACUGGACUCCAUAUGCUAAGGAUGCCAUCCAAGUGAGGAUCAGCUUGAAAACAGCACUGGGUGACAAUGCAUACGAAUGGGAUGAGAGUGAAAUGUAUUUAUUCAAAUCAACAAUCACCUAUGCCAUGCAGAAGUACUUUUUAGAGGUCAAGAAUAAAACCGUACCAUUUCAAACAGAUGAUGUCCACGUGAGUGAUGUGACACUGAGGAUCUCCUUUUAUUUUACAGUCAGCAUGCCAAACAAUGUUUCAGAUCUGGUCCCUAAAUCUGUAGUGGAAGAAGCAAUCAGACUGUCUCGGGCACGCAUCAAUGAAGCUUUCAAACUGAAUGAUCAAACUUUGGAAUUUGUUGGCAUCUCACCAACGUUGGCACCACCUUAUGAAUCACCGAUCACUGUGUGGCUUGUAGUAUUUGGAGUUGUGAUUGGUCUUGUAGUGAUUGGAAUCGUCACCUUGAUCAUUAUUGGACAGAAAGAUCGAAGAAAGAGAAAACGGACAGCACAAACAGAGGCCAUUGAAACUGCGGCCAUUCGUGAGGAAUGCGGACAAAGCAAUUCAACAUUUCAACAUGAUGAAGCUGCCACAACGACCUUCUAAAAGCCAACCAAGUAAAUGGGAGUGCCCUAUGCAUGUCUGCAUGUUUGUAGCCAACAAUCUGACAUACGAAGGGACACAUUAAUACAGAUAAUGCUAAAAAUAAAGGCUCUGUAAAGCAGAAAUGGAUUUGUGGGGCACUGCUGUAUUCUUGUAACUUAGCACCUUAUUGCACAGAAUUCAGCCUGAAUUCCUCCAUGGCUCCAGUUUAUCUUCCCCUGCCCACUUUUUUUUUUUUAAAGAAAGCAGUUGUGCGUUGUCAUCUCUGGAUCAAAACUAUGUACUUGACAAGUUUUUUUUUCCCCCAAGACUGUACUUCAUCUGUCUUUUGUCUGAUUAUAAUCACACACCUUCGUACAAAGUUGCUGUUUGCCUCAUUAGGCAUAAUAUAUGGGUGUCAUUUAUAAAAACACAUAUGGUGGAAAAAAACCUUGAAACAGUCUCCCAGCUUCUCAGUUCAUAGGAUCAUAGAGCUGGAAGGGAUCUCAGAGGUUAUCUAGUCGAACCCCUGUUCAAUGCAUCUAGGGCAGCUUUGAUAGAGGACCAUCCAGCUGAAGAUCUUCAGUGAAGAAGCACCUGCCACUUCAUGUGGCAGCCUGUUUCGUUGGCUGAAUGCUUGUACUAUCAGGAAAUUCCUCCUCACGUGUAGUCUGAACUUGCUUCUAUGUAGUUUAACCCUCUAGUUCUGGUCAUGCCCUCUGGGGCAAUAGGUCAUGAUCUCCUUUAUGUGACAACUUUUCAGGUAUUUGAAAACUGCUAUCAUAUCUCCCCUCAGGCAUCUCUGCUUUACGCUAAACACACCCAGAUCCUUCAACCAUUCCUCAUACGGCUUGUGGCAUCUUGGCAGCCAUUGACCAUCUUGGCAGCCCUUCUCUGAACUCAUUUCAAUUUGUCACUGGCCUUUUCGAAUGGUGGUGCCCAGAGAUGGGCACAGUAUUCCAGGUGGGGUCUGACCAAGGCCAAGUAUUGUGGAAUACCUUCCCCUAUGCUCCAACUAAUAUACCUCAAAGUAGCAUUUGCUUUUUUUAGCAGCUGCUUCACACUGUUGGCUCAUGCUCAACUGGGCCAGGCUGUUUUCACAUGUAUUACCGUCAAAGUCAGAUCUUCCCCAUCUUAUAUUUGUGCCUUUCAUUUUUCCUACCCAUUUGCCAAACUUCAUGUGUCUCCUUGUUAAAUUCCAAUUUAUUCACUUCAGCCCACUGCUCAAGCCUGUCUAGAACUUUUUGGAGCUUUUCUCUAAAUUAGCAAUCCCUCCCAGGUUUGCAUUACAACUCUUAGGUGUCUAUCCUAAGUUCUUGCUUUCAGCUUUUUUCACUGUUGUAUACUUACAAAAAGCUGAUGCUAAAAAGAUAUUCCUUUUUCCCAACCAUAUACUAAUACUGUAUAAGUAAACUUUAAGUGAAGUUAAAAAAAAUCUGACACCAAGCGCAUAAACUUUGGAACCCUGUUUUGGUAGUUAAUUUUAUUUCCCAAUUAUAAUAUUUUUCUUUUCUUAUACAGUAUAUUCCUUGCUGAAGACAUAAUUGAAAGGAAUAAUAGCAAAGUAUUUUAUUAACACCUGGGAUAGAACAUUCCCCCCCACCCCCAUUUCUAAAAGUUUCAGGAUUGCACUUAAACAAAAAAACCAGGACAAACAUGCAAAAAAGUAAAGUUAAUUGUGUUGACUAAAAGAAAUUCCAUAAUUCACAUAUAGGCAAUAAAUGUGAAAGACUAACUCAGAUAAAAAA